AUGGAAGACCCAUGGCAGGAAGCGUAUGACUUUGCUGUCGAAGUGGCAAGAGGAGCUGGAGCGGUAUGUAAUAUAUUCCAUCAAAAUAUAUGUCACUUGGAAUUUUAUGGAGAAUUUGUGGUAAUUUAAGGAUAACGGAGAUGUCCCACAAUUCUUUCAGGUAAUCAGGAAAGCUGCAGAGAGUGAGAUCAAGGUCUCUACGAAGAGCUCCACUGUAGACCUCGUCACCAAGACCGACGAGAGGGUGGAGAAAAUCAUCAUCGGUUCUCUUAAAGAACAGUUUGGAGAAGGCACACACUGGUGAGAUGUGCAAACAUGUUUAUUAAUCUGUGUGUCCUCGAAAUGUUUUGGGGGAAAAAAAAGAGGGGGAACCAUCACAUUUGCUCAUCGGGUUCACUUUGUUGCAGUUUCAUCGGAGAGGAGUCAGUCGCAAACGGGGAGAGCUGCAACUUGACCGAUAAACCUACGUGGAUCAUCGACCCCGUGGACGGCACCACGAACUUUGUGCACGGGUAAGUCAUUACUCCCACUGAGCAAUAGAUGGCCAUUAGACGGCUAUUUUUUUUUUUUUUUUUGACUAAAUUUCAACCGUCUAGAUUCUGUAUAUUUUCAGACGGAAUUUAGACUUUGCACUUGGGGGGGAUUCUGGGGGGACUCCCAGGCUCUCCCAGGCCAGGCGAGAGAUAUAAUCCCUCCACUUGGUCCUGGGCCGGCCACGAGGUCUCCUCCCGGUGGGACAUGUCUAGAACACCUCUAACGGGAGGCGUCCAGAAGGCAUCCUAACCAGAUGCCCGAGCCACCUCAGCUGACUCCUCUCGACGUGGAGGAGCAGCGGUUCUACUCUGAGCGCCUCCCGAGGGUCUGAGCGCCUUACCCUAUCUCUAAGGUUGAGCACGGCCACCCUGCGAAGGAAACCCAUUUCGGCCACUUGUAUCCGCGAUCUUGUUCUUUUGGGUAUUACCCAAAGUUCAUGGCCAUAGGUGAGAGUCGGCAUGUAGAUCGACCGGUAAUUCGAUUUAGAUUUUAGACCAGUCGUCUCAGCUACAUUUAGACGUCUAUUGGACCUCUUUUAGACCAAAACAUGCACAGUGGGCUGCUCGUUUUGCAGCAAACAAACCAACUACUCUGAUCAUGACAAACUCAACGAUGACUCCAGCUGCGAAAUUACGAGAUAAUGCUUAAAAACACGUGCGAAAUACCGAACUAAAUCAAACAAAAAUGCAUUUGUGUACAAAGAAAUUAGCUGCACAAAGACAAAAAUUUGUGCAUUUGCAGUGAUCACGCUGCAGUUGAUGAAUUGCAGUUGAUGAUAUGAUUCAUAGAUCCAGCUAACUCACUUGCUAGCUUUGUCAUUAGCUUAGCGGAAAGCCUUGUUCCUACGACUCAGCAUUCUAUCUUGGCAUACACUGUUAUUUCCUAUUUGGAAUAUAUAUCCUAUUAAAGCUGACAUUAUCAUAGCCCACAAUUGCUGACUCAUGUUAGCUAGCUUAUACGACUUGGCUAGUCUUGACUAAAUAGCGCGCUACGUGCCAGAGUUUUGAUCAUGUUUACAAUUCCUCACUGAUCUAAUGACGACGAAACUUCUCGUUUUCAGCUUCCCCUUUGUGGCUGUUUCCAUCGCCUUCGCCGUCAAUAAGCAGGUUUGUAACACAAAAUAAAAAAAGAGUAAAAGAAGUUGAUCCUUGAGUGUAAGUUGACAACAAGGUGUGUGUUUGCAGCUGGAGUUUGGCGUGAUUUACAGCUGUUUGGAGGACAAAAUGUACAGAGCGAGGAGGGGGAAAGGAGCUUUCUGCGACGAUGAACCACUCGCAGUGUCCGAUGUAGCAGGUAAUAUACAUUAUUAUUGCUGUACUGCUUUAACAAAAAUAACACAAACUUUGACCGCUGUAGUAAACUUCUAUUGUAUGCGUGACAUUUACAGUCACACCUUUAUUUACACACUUUGUAAUUCCAUCAUUGUAGAUAUCCACAAGUCCAUUAUCAUCUCUGAACAUGGAACCGACAGGAGCCCAGAGAAAGUAAAAAAGAUCUUCUCCACCAUGCAGAAGAUCCUCUGUAUCCCAGUGCACGGGUGAGUCAAAUGUAGACACAGAUGAAUAAUCAAUAAUAGGUUUGAAAUUGUCCACUGUCUACCAUUUUUGGAUAUCAUGAACAGGCAUCAAUAUGAAUUUUUGUCUACUUUUAUAAACUGAAAAAACUCCAAAACACCUCUCUCUGAUUGGAUAUUACCGUUUCUUUCUCCCCUGAUAUGAAAACACUCGUACUUUCAACUUAUCUGUUUUUACUCAUUUCCUAAUGUGUCCACUCACACAGACUCCGUGGGUCAGGAACAGCUGCCACCAACAUGUGCUUGGUUGCAUCCGGGGCAGUAGAGGCCUUCUUUGAGAUCGGGAUCCACUGCUGGGACAUCGCUGCAGGAGCGGUUAUUGUGAAAGAAGCUGGAGGAGUACUCUUGGAUGUUGAUGGUGAGUAUGAUUGCUACAUUCAAAGAAAAGGGAAAGGAUCAAAAGUCCUUUGUUAUAUAUACUAAGUUAGUCAAACUGCUCAUGAGUAAGUCUGUAUUUGACCCUUUAGGGGGACCGUUCGACUUGAUGUCUCGGAGGAUGGUGUCAGCAAACAACGAGACUAUCGCCAGAAGGAUCAUCAAGGAAAUUGAGAUAUUCGAUUCAGAAAGAGACGACGCUCCAGUUCAAAAGAAAAAAAAAUGA